AUGGCUCAAGUGCACACACCAACUCGCGGCCUUGUCCAUUGCCGCCGACCACGCGGCUUCGAGUUCGAUCGCGUUAUCAAGAGCGGCUAUGUGCAGAAGCGCACGCAAAAAACAAAGACAUGGCGCACCAUCUACCUAGUUCUGCGACCGAACACGCUGUCUCUCUACAAGUCGGAUAAGGAGGAGAAGCUCCGGCGAAAGGUCUAUCUUUCCGACCUGACCGCCGUGACGCUAUUGAAGGACCCAAAAAACAAACGGCCAAACGUGUUUGGCCUGUUCUCGCCUGCAAAGAACUUCCACUUCCAGGCGCCGACUUUGAAGGAUGCCCAAGAGUGGGUAGAUCUGAUUCGGCAGGAUGCCAGGAUAGAAGAGGAAGAAGAGGAGAUGUUUCUGGCCAGCCCAACCGCCCGUCAGCCUUCAUUCUUCCGUGGCGCCGAGGUGGACAACGGCAACCGCAGCUCAGGCCGCGUGCUAGCGUCGCCGGAGCACUUCCUAUCGAGCUCACCCGAACCCUCCGAGCCCCCGAUCCGCCCUAUUUCAAAACCAUACGCACGACGGCCAUCACAUUUAGAUUCGUCGGGUCUUUCGGGUGCUGAGCUGGCAAGCCACUCCGACUUCUCCGAUUCCGACAUGCACCGUGUCCCGGGCGCCUCGUUCGAGAGUCUGGCAGCUCACCGACCAUCGACAUCGCCUGGUGUGCCCAGACCCAGUAUAGGGACCCUCAGCAACAAUCGAGUCAGUGGAACGCACCAAGACGCCGAUCCGGACCGCGUUAUCUGGCAGGGUUGGAUGUGGUUUCACCGCAGCAAAGGGGGGGUCCGGCAAUGGAAGAAGUCAUGGGGCGUUUUGCGACCAAGAAACUUUAUUCUUUAUAAGGACGGCGCCGAGUCGUCUGUCUUGUUCCUGCUCUACAUGUCCUCAAUCGUCAACGUGGUUGAGACCGACUCCAAGAGCCGGACCAAGAAGCACUGCCUGCAAAUCAUCACGGACGAAAAAAGCUACCGGUUCUCCACCCACGAAGAGGAAGGCCCUUGUGCAGUGCCUGGGCGCAUUCAAGAGUUUACUUGCCAAGCGCCGGGAGAUAGAGGCCAGGACAGGGACACCCAACGCCGCGGCGCCGGCUUCAAUUGCGGUUGCAAUAGCACCCACGACGACGGCUACAGCAGCACCUGCAGCUGUAACUCGCCCUCUGCCCGCAUAAUCCAAAUAAGUUUCUUUAUUAAUCUCGGGCGGGUUCUUGCGAGUUGUUUGGGAUACCCGGUCAAACUUUUAGACCACGCGCUUGGGGGGAGGGGGGACAGGGGAUGGGAGACGGUGGACGGUGGACAUCCAUAA